AUGCGUUCGUUCAUUCCCCUUUCCGCACAGUCACUCAUUACCGUGUUUCUUUCCUUGCAUGUCUUGUUCGUACAAUAUGUCGACUCUCUUGCCAGUACAGACACCAUUACGUGGGGCGGAUCAAACGACAGAACCGGCUACCAGAACAAUCACAACAUGGAUCCCGCAGUGGUUGGAAGCGCUCAAUUUGGCCUCCUCUUCAAGACCAAGCUACCGGGAACGUAUCCCAUCAACGGCCAGAACGUUCCCGAGCAGAUAUUCUCCCAACCGCUGGUCUAUACUGGCUCAGAUGGCAUCCAAUAUGUCUAUGUUGCUACAACUCAGAACAAUGUGUACAAAAUAGUUGCAAACACCGGUGUUAUUGUCGCAUCUCGAAAUCUUCAUCGCCCAUUUUUGGUCAGCGAUCUGGACGGGUGUGUCGAUAUCAACCCGACUGUCGGUGUGACGGCAACAGGUGUCAUCGAUCCAGAUACGGAUACAUGGUAUAUGACGUCCAAGACGUACAUUGAUCAGAGCCUGACAGGUGCAAACGGUCGCCCAAAUGGUCGUUACUACGUUCACGCCAUCAGCACUGUUGAUCUCUCCGAGAGACCCAAUUUCCCGGUCAACCUUGAGGGAAUGGUGGCUCGAAACAACCCAGUUCGGUCAUUCAAUGGUGGCAUUCAUCAUCAACGUCCUGGUCUGCUUCACACCGGUGACUAUGUGUAUGCCGGCUUUGCUAGCCAUUGUGUCCAAUACAACUUCACCGGGUGGAUUGUUGGCUGGCACAAGGGCACGGGACAGCUCGUGGAAAGAUUUGCGACUGAAGGUGCUGGUGUUGGGCCUGACGUUCCUGGAGCGGGUGUGUGGAUGUCCGGUGGCGGUCUUGCAAGCGAUGACAAGGGCUCCAUGUUCUUCGCUUCUGGCAAUGGUUAUGCUUCUCAGCUCAAUGGAAUACCGGUCAAUGGGAGGAACCCACCAACAUCACUCGAAGAAGCUGCCGUGCACAUGGCAAUCAAUGACGACGGAUCUCUGACCGUGGUCGACUUCUUCAUGCCCUGGGAGAAAACCCAACUUGACGGUGCCGACAAAGAUCUCGGUACUUCACCGUUGGAACUCCUCCCGAGUCAAUUUUCCUGCGGCGACGUCAAACGCAUUGGGGUGGUCACCGGAAAGAGUGGAAAAACCUAUUGGCUCAAUCUUGACAACCUCGGAGGCUAUCAGAACGGACCGAACAAGCUGGACAACGUGAUUCAAGUCUACCAGAACGAGAACUCGGUCUAUGCUGGAGCUGGUGUCUACCCACUCGAAGGAGGCUACAUCUAUAUCAACGUCAUUCAGUAUCAAACACACGUGUUCAAAUUCUCCUGCAACGACGGCGUACCAUAUUUCAACAAAGUGGCCGAUUCCCCCGAAAAGAAUGCCUACAUCCUCGGAGUGGGCCAUGGCACUGUCACUUCGCUCAAUGAUCAGCCCGGGACUGGCUUGGUGUGGACGUCGGAUGUCGAAGGAUCCAAUCUUCGGAUCUACAACGCCAUCCCGAAUGCAAACGGUCUCUUGACGGAAAUCAAUUCGUUUGUCACACCAGGAACCACCAAGUUCACCAGACCUGUCUUCGGAAAUGGUAUUGUCUACCAGGGCACUACAGUUGGCUAUCUGUAUGCUUACGGAGCGCCUGUCAAUCUACCUCUAAACUGUACCGCUCUUCAGUUUGGGACGGCAAAUCUCAAUACAUCCACAGCGCCGAUGACGGUGCGAUGUACCGCCAACACUGCGGUAACAGUGACCGCUGCGAGCCUAUUAGGAAAUCCAAAUUUUGCUACCGGCGGGUUGCCAAAUUUCCCUCUCACGGUUGCUCAGGGACAACAGUUUUCGUUUCAGGCAACCUUCACCCCACAAACCGUUGGCCCGCUAUCUUCAUCGGUGAUUCUCAAUACAACCCAGCAAGCUGCCGGAUUCAGCAUCAAUACUCCCGUCCAGCUGAAAGGGACUGGCCAGAGUCAGGCUGCUUUGCUGAUGGUCACUCCCAACACUGUCAGCUGGAAUGGUGUCAUUACCGGACAGCAGGCAGGCGGCGUUAACCAGUCUGUGGUGAUCACCAACCUUGGAAGUAGCCCUCUUUCCAUCAGCAAUAUUCAGUAUUCCAUUGUGGGUGAGACUGGCCCCUGGAUCUCCCCCAAUGGCACUCGAACAGCAACCGUGGUCUCGGCGUUCACCUUCUACAAUAUGCCAUCGUCAGUCCCUCCCAACAGUGCUCUGACUGUCCCGAUCAAUUUCAACCCUCCACGCUCCGGCAACUACGCCGCAUUCGUUCAGAUCGUCUCCAACGGUGGCACCAAAGUGCUUGAUGUCCUUGCAGCCGGAUCGGAUCAGCCGCAAGCCGUACUCGAGUUCCAGAGCCUAGAUGGAGGAUGGAUCCCGUUUGACAACACAACCUCCUUCACCUUCGGCAACGUUACGGAGAAUACCAGCCGAUACCUGAAAAUGCGGUUGACCAACAACGGUUCCGCCAAUGCAGCGGCCUUGUCAGUGACUGUUAGUAAGCCUCCUUUUGGUGUUGCUGGAAGUAUCAUUGGCGCCAAUAACCAGGUCGAUCUCGCCGAGGGCACCCUGGUCUAUGCGGGACAAAAUCUCACCGCGACGCUCUUCUGCUCGGUCCCAAAGAGUCAACUCAAUGUGGACCCCUACAAUGGCACUGCGCAAUGGACCAUGAAUCUGAAUGAUCCGAACUUUGGGAAGCAGCACAUCCAAUUCUUCUGCAAUGCUGUCUCGGAACAGGCACCUCCACUAGACCCAGUCACUCAGCAGGGUAUUUACAGAUAUGGAGGCUGUUUCAAGGAGAACAAUCCUGGUCGCCAACUUCAAACGGCCAUCUACAGUGGCGCCAACAAUACCAAUGAACAGUGCAUUUCUUUAUGCGCAGCAGCAGGGUACAUCUUCGCUGGCACACAAUAUGAGCAGGAGUGUUGGUGUGGCUACAACCGACCAAAGACAGUGGUCGACGAUGCCAAUUGCAACUUUGGUUGCACCGGCAACGUCAAUGAGAUCUGUGGCGGCAAUGGCAUUGAUGGUGCUGGCUCAUAUAUUUCCCUCUUUGGCGACAUUACGCGUUGGAACGGCAAUUCUACAGACGCUCCAGGUCCGUAUGUCAACCCGGGCACACUCAAUUACACCAGUUUGGGCUGCUACACCGAAGGUACCAACUCUCGAGCACUGAAUGUGCAGCGCAAUGCCAACAACACUGUGGCUUCUUGUCUCCAGGCGUGUCAAGGCUAUUUGUACUCUGGAGUCGAAUAUGGCGGCCAGUGCUUCUGUGGGAAUACAUUGGCGGCAGGUUCUGUAAACGCAAGUGCAACAGACUGCGGCAUGACCUGCAACAACAAUCAGACAGAAUACUGUGGAGGCCCGAGCCGUCUCAACAUUUAUAUCUACGGCAAUGGUACCCUUCCGAGCACGCCACCUUCAAAUGGUGGUGGAAACAACAAUCCUUCCACACCAUCAGGUCCAACCAUUCCGUCCACGAUCGGCAAUUUCACCUACCAGUCUUGCUACUCUGAGAUCCCCGGCCGCGCGCUCAGUGCUUUUGCUCUUGCAGACAACAGCAUUACCUUGCAAACAUGUGCCAGCAACUGCACACAGUAUCAGUAUUUCGGUGUCGAAUAUGGCCGCGAAUGCUACUGCGGGAACACCUUGGGCUCAGGUAGCGCUCCGGCAACCGACGGACGUUGCAACAUGGCAUGUUCAGGGAACUCUAGCUUCAUUUGUGGAGGACCAAAUGGGUUGACUCUGUACCGAAAUCUGAACUGGACGACUUCUACUCCUCCACCGCCAUCGAAUCCGACAGGCCCAGUCAUUGUCCCCAGUGUUGGUUCCUUCCAAUACGUCGAUUGCCACACCGAAGUAGCUGGUCGUGCUUUGACGGGCAAGGCUGUCGCCUCAAACGGCAUGACGGUGCAAUAUUGUGCCGGAAACUGUACCGGCUUUACCUUUUUCGCCGUGGAGUAUGGCCAGGAAUGCUACUGUGGGAAUAGCUUGAGUGCUGGCUCCGUUACAGCUACAGAUGGACGAUGUUCUAUGACUUGUGCUGGCAAUUCGUCAACCAUUUGUGGUGGACCAAAUGGACUAAGCCUCUACCAGUUCGUUGUGCCCUCAAGUUCUAGUUCGACAUCAAGUGCAGCAAGGACUACCACACCAGGCACAUCAACCCGAGCAACAUCAACUCUGGUGACACCGCCAACGUCGUCCACCUCUGCGGUCAUGUCUGUAACGUCGGCGUCGGGCGGAACGUCGGUCUCGAGUGUUAUUCAAUCCUCCACGACUAGUAUUUUCAGCGUGACCGUCUCCACACCACCGGUGACCUCCUCUGUCACUUCAGUGCCUUCGACGACCACGUCAGCAACGCCGAGCUCAGCCUCAUCGCUGACCACUGUUGGCUCUACGAGUUCUACAGCUUCCACAUCGAGUGUGCCAAGUUCGAGCUCGAUUACUUCUUCCACCACGAUCCGAAGUAGCACUAGCUCUGUAUCAGGAGUAACCUCGUCAGCAAGCACGAGUACAACGACUAUUCUCUCUGGCACAACAACCACGUCCCAAACUGCUUCUAAUACAUCGCCGUUGACCACUUCUACAGGAUUACCAACUUCAUCAUCAGGAACCAGCUCGGGGACUUUGAUCUCGACAGGAGCGAGCACGAGCACAUCCAGGUCCGUGCUGUCUUCGAGUGGUUCCGGCUUUACUACUAGCUUUCUGCCUGGAUCUUCGGCGACGAGCAGUACUUCGGUCUUCUCGAGCUCAACUCCUACAUCCACGAGUCAACCGGGGUCUUCCACUCUGACGACUGUCUCAACUCGCCUGACCACUUCCUCCACUUCAUCUAGCACCAGCACACGCACAUCUAGUGUGACCAGCUCGUCGUCUUCCGUGCCGUCGAAUGCCUUCUUCCCUGCCAUCUAUCUUGGCUGUGCGCCCGAGCUCCCAAAUGGACGACUCCUCUCAGUCGCCUCCACGUCAAACUCCGCAAUGACAAUACCCUCCUGCAUUUCGUUCUGCACGGCGCAAAACUUGCCCCUUGCCGGCUUGGAAUAUUCGAGGGAAUGCUACUGCGGGUACGGUCUGUCACCCUCCACAGUCGUCAAUGCCACGGGAUGUACCAUGCCGUGCGCCGGCAAUGCGCAGCAGAUGUGUGGUGGACCCAGUCGCUUGAGUGUCUACAACAAUACCUCGCUGUCCCCUCCCAGCGCUAAGGCGAUCAUUGCGGGCUACAGUUACCAGGGAUGUUUUACAGAUCCUUCCGCCGCCCAGCGCACUCUGCAAGGAUACAGCACCUCCAAUUCCACGUCCAUGACGCAGGAGUUCUGUGUCUCGGCCUGCCAGACCAGAGGCUAUAAAUACGCUGGUGUCGAGUUUGGCAGGGAAUGCUAUUGCUCGAACCAACUUGGCACCGUGAGCAAUGGGGGUAAAGGGGCGUCGGCACCAGAGGGUGAUUGCUCCAUGUUGUGCACGGGCGAUGGUAACGAGUUUUGUGGCGGGAGUGCGAGAAUUGGCGUUUGGUUGAGCGGUGUGUGA